CACACAUUAUAUAUAUUCUCAACAGGUGCCAAUUGCCAUCCACUACAAUUUGUCUGAAAUACAAAUUACUUUUCAGAAAUAAAGUGUUUUUUUAGCUUAAAUCUCUGCAUCUCAGAUAAGUUUUUCAUUGAAUUUAGUUGCAGAGAUCAAAUGGGUGGUGAUUAUUCUUCAAGAUUUGGACAAUGGUGUUGUUUUCUAGCUUGUAUGCUUUUACUGGUCAUUGAAAUAGAUGGUGGUAGCAUUCCUAUUACCAUUGUUGAAACAGCUAAAGCUAGAGGAGCUGUUUGUUUGGAUGGUAGUGCACCAGCUUACCACUAUGAUAAGGGAUAUGGUUCUGGUAUUAACAGUUGGAUUGUUCACAUGGAGGGAGGAGGAUGGUGCGAUGAUCUUGAAAGCUGUUCUCAAAGAAGGAACACAUAUAAAGGUUCAUCUCUAAAAAUGGAGAAGACAAUGGGUUUCUCUGGCAUAUUAGGUGGCAAGCAAUCUGCUAAUCCUGAUUUCUACAACUGGAAUAGAAUUAAGAUUAAGUACUGUGAUGGGUCAUCCUUUACUGGUGAUGUUGAAGCUGUUGACCCUAAAACAAACCUUUACUUCAGGGGAGAACGGGUUUGGCGUGCCGUUAUCGAUGAGUUAUUGGCGAAAGGGAUGAAAAAUGCUCAAAAUGCUAUACUUUCUGGCUGCUCUGCUGGUGGAUUGGCUUCUAUUUUGCAUUGCGAUAAAUUCGCAGCUCUUCUUCCUCCAACUGCUAGAGUUAAAUGUGUGUCUGAUGCUGGCUUUUUCAUUCAUGGGCAGGAUAUUGCUGGAGGGCGUGCCAUUGAGAACUUUUUCGGUAGCGUAGUUCGAUUACAUGGAUCAGCAAAGAAUCUGCCUGCAUCAUGUACUUCAAAAAUGAGACCCGACCUGUGCUUCUUCCCACAGUAUGUGACUCAAACCAUGCAAACACCGCUUUUCGUCAUCAAUUCAGCCUAUGAUUCCUGGCAGAUUAAGAAUGUUUUGGCACCUACAUCUGUCGACAAAAAGGGAUUCUGGAAGAGCUGCAAACUCGACUUAAAGAAGUGCUCGGCUAGUCAGCUCCAAACUGUGCAAGGUUUCCGAACUCAAUUCCUGGCUGCCUUGAGUUCAGGAGCUGGAAGCAAACCAGCCAAUGGUUUAUUCAUCAACUCAUGUCAUGCACAUUGCCAGUCUGGAUCGUUGUCGACAUGGUUGGACGCUAAGUCUCCAGUAGUAGCCAAUACGAAAAUGGGAAAGGCAGUGGGAGAUUGGUUUUACGGCCGUGCUGCAUUCCAAAAGAUAGAUUGCCCAUACCCUUGCAACCCGACUUGCGUCAAAAUCGAUUCGGAUUCGUAAGAACAAUUGUACAUCUACAGGAACAAAAUGUUGCCUACUCCAUAAGUCACCAUUGAAGUAUCAUAAUGAGUAAGAGGCUAUUUUUGAUUUCAAAGUAAAUAAACGGAACAACAGGACUUAGAUGUACUACUGUUGAGUGUCUGUAUUAUUCAUGCAAUCAUUUGUUUGUAUUCUGAAACGUAAUUAAAAUGGAAAUUUAAAUUCAAUAAAUUUAUUUUAUA